AUGGGAAUCGUCUGCCUCGGUGCUUCCUCCACGCUGCUCUGCGAGGAGGACAGGAGCAACGCACUCGGCCUCGUCGGCUGCUGCGACGAGCUGCUGGAGGUGGGGAGCGGCCUUGAUGGCUUGGACUCCGCCGCUGGCGCCGUGUUCCCCGUGGACACCGAUGAGGCCGUGUCGGCGUGGGUGGAGAAGGAGAUGGACCACCAACCUCAAGAGGGCUAUGCGGAGAGGCUGGAGCGAGGCGGAUUGGAGUCCUCUUGGAGGAGAGACGCCAUGGAUUGGAUUUGCAAGGUCCAUUCAUACUACAGCUUUGCACCACUCAGUUUUUACCUUGCUAUGAAUUACCUGGAUAGAUUCCUCUCCUUGUAUGAGCUCCCACACGACAACCCUUGGAUGCAACAGUUGUUGUCAGUUGCUUGCCUAUCUCUUGCUGCCAAGAUGGAGGAGACCGUGGUCCCUCUUCCUGUGGACCUUCAGGUCUGCGAUGUGAAAUUUGAGUUUGAAGGAAAGACUAUUGGGAGGAUGGAGGGUCUUGUGAUGAAAACCCUGAAAUGGAGAAUGCAGGCUGUGACCCCGUUCACUUUCAUCAGCUACUUCCUGGACAAGUUCAGUGAUGGGAAGCCACCGAGUUUUGCACUAGCCUCACGGUGCGCCGAGAUCAUAAUUGGCACACUCAAAGGCUCUACAUUCUUGUCAUUCAGACCAUCUGAGAUUGCUGCGGCCUCGGCCCUAGCAGCGGUUUCUGAGAAUCAGAUUGUUGGCUUUGCGAGUGUUCUUUCAGCAUCUGAAGUCCCUGUAAAUAAGGAGAUGAUUGCUAGAUGCUAUGAGCUGUUGCUAGAGCAGGCGCUGGUGAAGAAGAGAAGGCACAUCAAUGGAAGCCCUUCAGUGCCAGAAAGCCCGAUUGGUGUGCUGGAUGCAACAUGCUUCAGCUUUAGGAGUGAAGAUGCAACACUAGGAUCAUCACAAUCAAACAACAUCAGUAGUAGUAACAACAACAAUCAAGCUUCCAAGAGGAGAAGGCUAAGCAUAUCACCAAUCUGA